CUCCUGGGUAUUCUUCCGUUCAUAGCAAGGACCAGGGAGCGGUCGUUCCUAUUCCAUAAGCAACCAUAAGUAGCUGGUCAGUGUACCUCUGUAGUUCUUCAGGAGAGGAUCUGUGGUUGCCCGAAGGGUGGUGCAGUCGCUGCCUGACGAAGAAGACUUCUGUAACACUCGAAAAAAAACUGACAGAUAGAUUAUUACAGCCUUUGAUUAAAAUAACAAAAUAAUAGACAAUAUCAAGGUCACAAAUUAGCUACCUUCGGAAAAAUUUGAUUGACUCGGAAACGUACAAAUCCGGUGAGAAUCGAGGAACUAAUUAUCAAGACCUGGAAAGGACAAGGAACUAUGUAUCUCUUCGUCCUUCUGCUGUUGACGUCAUGUGGGGUCGCCUCCGUCGUCACGCAGUCCAUAGGAUGCAGAGACCAACUCAACAGUUGUGCUGUUUGGGCAGAGAAGGGCCAAUGUCAAUUUAACCCUGACUAUAUGCUGCCGACUUGUCCAAAAUCUUGCAAGAAUUGUCCCGGACCAGGGGAGAUUUGCGCUGAUUUGAAUGCGCAGUGCGUUGGCUGGUCGAGAAGGGGAGAAUGCAACAAGAACCCAUCCUACAUGCAAGCAACGUGUCCGAAGUCCUGCAUGAGCUGUCCUAAAGGUCCUGUAUCCUCCUCUGUGGGCGGGGCUUCACUGCGAAAGAAAAAUCCACUUCAAUGUGGGUCCUUCAAUCACACCGUGGGAUCAGUCACGAGGGGAGCUGCCUCGUUACCUGUAGGAUCUGUGGCGGCAAUGACUACCGGACGCCGCUUCAAAAGGGCUGACCCGACCGUUGCAGGAGGGGCGCCAGGCCUAAGGAAUUUCUUCAACGCUGGGGGAGCGGCGAGCAUCAGCGGUGGUUCAUCUGCUGAUGGAGGGUCGUUAUUUGGAGGACUGUUUUCCACAGGGUCCUCUCGGGGAGGCCUCUUUGGAGGUUCAGGUGAAGGAGGCCUCUUUGGAGGUUCGAGUGGAGGAGGCCUCUUUGGAGGUUCGAGUGGAGGAGGCCUCUUUGGAGGUUCGAGUGGAGGAGGCCUCUUUGGAGGUUCGAGUGGAGGAGGGUCUUCUGGAAUUUUUGAAGGGGGUGCCUUUUUCGGUCGGUCUCGGGAAACACCCUCCUUUGGUGGCUUUGGAGGCAGACCAUCUUUUCCCAGUUUUGGUGGCAGGCCAUCAUUUGGAGGUGGCUCCACUUUUGGUACUUUUGGUUCUCCGGCACCUCCGCCACCCUUCCAGAUUCCAAGACGGGACUUUCAGCAACUUUUCAUCCAGCCUCCUUACCAACCGCCCUACCAACCAACUUUCCAGCCUGCUAGACCAAAUUUCAGGCCAGUAGCUCCAACAAGCAGACCUGCCAUUGUGUAUCAGGAACCAGCCGCUGUUGCAUUAAGACCAGCCACUCCUACCUUCAGACCAGCUGCUCCUGCAUUCAGACCAGUUGUUCCAACAAGCAAACCUGUCAUUUUGUCUCAGAGACCAGUUGCUCUAACCUCCAGACCAGCCCCAAUUGUACAGCCUUCAAGUCCCAACCAGCCAGCUACUCCUGUCUCCCUUCUGCCCCCAGAUGUCAUCCGUGGCAACACCGCUCCCUCAUUAAUAACAAAUGAGGUCUCUUUAGACGACUUCUUUUGUGGAGCUUCACUUAUAUCUGACCAGCACUUGCUGACUGCUGCUCAUUGUGUCACUAAUGAGCAUAAAAGGCCACAAGAAGUCACUUUCAGAGAGGUAUCCCUCAGCCCUGGCGGUGAUCGUGUUCUGUCAGUCAGCUAUGAGGUCGAGAACGUGAUCUUGCAUCCUGAGUACAACAAAGACUCCAUUCGAUACCAUGACCUGGCUAUUUUGAAAACUAAAACUAAGGUGCAAUUUAGUCCCGUCAUCUGGCCUUAUUGCCUUCCCCCUCCGGGUACAAGGGUAGACUUCAUGACACUAACUGUCUCUGGCUGGGGAAAAGUUAAUUCAUCCUACACUGCUGAAAACCUUCAACAAGCACAAGUACCUGCUAUUCCAAAUGCCAUAUGUGCACAAGAUUACAAAAAAGCAGAUUUGGGAGAACAUCUCGAGCUUCGGUAUCCCCAAGGACUCACUGACAACCUAAUCUGUGCGGGACAACUUGGGAAGGAUGCUUGUGAGGGAGACUCCGGAGGGCCCCUGACGUAUCAUGAUGAGGAAGACAGGGAGAUCCUCAUCGGGGUAGUAUCUACGGGCCUGCCCUGUGGAAACAAUCCUCUGCUUCCCGGAAUAUACGUCAAUGUUGCCAGAUACGUCGACUGGAUUAACAGCGUCAUCUACGAAUGACUUUGAAAUUGAGUGUUGCAUGGGCUAUUAGUAAACACAUAGGGAUUUAAAUUAGGCAAAUGAACUGGGAUGGACACGAAGCUGGAUUUGCAUGGCCUCUGAAACCUUAUGAUUUAUUAUUCACUGUUGCAUCAACUUAAGAUGGGCAUUUAUCUACUCACAAGUAGUGGUAUAGGUCUAAUUCAGUUUCCUUUUCCUAUUUGGUUUCCUAUUUUCAUGUUUCAGUCUUUCUUCCACUGCACACUGGUCUAGGGUGGACGCCACUCUACCGUAAGUUACUUAACCUAUAAAACCCUUGAGCUGAUAUGUACGAUAUCUAAUAAUAAUAAUAAUAAUAAUAAUAAUAAUAAUAAUAAUAAUAAUAAUAAAAUAAUAAUAAUAAUAUAAUAAUAAUAUUUUGGAAGAAGACCCUCUUUUAAACAAAUUCUAUUGAAUAAAUUGGCAGAGUUCAGCAAAUUAAUCUUAUAUAUUAUCUUAUCUAUUUUUCUUAUGACUUGUUACUCUGGCUCAGCGAUACUUCUUAAUAAUUGGCCAAUAUUCAUAUUGGGAGAAAUCUAAAUAAUGCUGAAUGUGAUAUUUUAUUUAGAACAGGAUUUUGCUUUUCAAUACUGGUAUCAUCAGUAUAUUGGUAUACAGGAAUGGCGGAUCUCAGGUCCAGGUCAAGCAAGGGUUGCCAGGUCUUCUCUGGUGUUCAGCUGGUAUUAUUGCUGGUGUAGCUGGUUUCUCGUGACUUUUCGACCUUCUCUUAAGUCAUCUUCUUGGCUGGUCAGCAGUAGAAGUGAAGAGAUAGAUAGUGUUUAAGGAUCUUAAAUCCUAAACACCAUCUCUUCACUUCUACUGAUGACCAACCAAGAAAAUGACCUACGAGAAGGUCGAAACGUUGUAAUAACCCAGCUACACCAGCAAUAUUACCAGCUGAACACCAGAGAUGACCCUAGCAAUGGUGUCUGCGUGCUGGUAUUUAUAGCAGCUCGAAUCCUAGAGCUGAUUUCUGACUGGUCGAGCCGGUUUUGGGUGAAAUCGCGCAUCUCGCUUUGAUGGUCGCAGAGAUUCAAUUGUAUGAGCAUUCGUACUGCUGAAUCCCUGCGACCAUCAAUGCGAGAUCCCCGACUUCGCCCAAAACCGGCUUGACCAAUCAGGAAUCAGCUCUAGGAUUCGAGCCGCUAUAAAUACCGGCAUAUAGUUAACAUCUCUUUACUUCUACUGCUGACUCUGAGUAGCCAAAAAGAUGACCUACUAGAAGGUCGAAGCGUCGUGAUAAGCCAGCUACACCAGCAAUAAUAUCAGCUGACACCAGAGACUACCCCGGCCUGACAUUGGCCUCGCUUAUGGAAAAAUACCAACACCGACGAUAACCUCUGCUUGACCUGGAUCUGAGAUCAGCCAUUGCUGUAUACCAAUAUACUGAUAAUACCAGUAUUGACAGCAAAAUCCUGUUCU